CUUUAUUUUAUUUUAUUUUUUUUUUAAAAAAAAUAAUAUGCAAAUCAAACCACCAAUGCCUACAUCUACUGCAUUAUUUAAAUCUAAAUGGAACUAUUUUAUGACAAAGUUAUCAAUACAUCAUUCAACUAUAAAAGAAGAAGACAAUAAAGAAGAAUAUCAACCAAGGAGAAAAUAUAGUGAUGACAUAUCAGUGGGCACAUUUGACUCCAGUAUUAGUAUGAAAGAUAAAUUUAAGCAAGCAAUACCUUUCUUUCGUCGUAGAAGUUCAAAUAAUCAAAAUCAUUCAGAAGAAUCCUUUAAUAAUGCACCUAUUUCUUUUAAUUAUUCUAAAGAAAUUGAAAAACUUUAUUCUUUAUACAAUUUAGCUGUAGAUGAGCUAAAUUAUGCUGAAGAUUCACAAGGAUCUUCUUAUUAUUCUGGAGACCUUGAAGCCGCACGUGAAGCAUUGAAUAAUUGUAAUAUUUGCUUUUUGACACUAUUUCAGAAUUUAAUACUACAUCAUAAUACACGUGAAGAACUUGAAUUAUGUAUAGCACCUAAACUGUUAAAACUUCAAAAAAGAGUUAAUGAUUUACCAGAAGCUACUGAUAAUAAUAAUAAUAACCAUCAUUAAUUUUUGUAAAUAUUAUAUUCAUAUACCAUGUAUUUAUUCCCCUUCUUUCUCUCUCUUAAUAUACACUCAUACAUACAUACAUACAUACAUA